AUGUCGAGCACCCGCACACAGCACACCACGCCGCUGCAGCAAGUUGAAGUCGACACCGACCCGCUCACGGCAGCCAUGCCACGCCUGGCAGCAACGCGAGAGGCCCACACCGCCCUGCUGCAUUCCCUCGUCCGCCAGCAGGAAGAGCAGGGCCGCACCCUCGCCGCCCUCCUCCGCCGCGCCGACGAUAACCCCGGCGCCGCCAUGGUCCGCGCCGUGUCUGGGGCGAUGCGCGACCUCGUCAAGACACAAGCGAGGCAGGGGUACGCUCUGCUCGAUGUCAUGGGCGACGUCCGCGCCGUGAUGCGCGCGGUUGGCGCGCGGGAGCUACCAAGCUUGGAGGGUGGCGUGGCUGCGUCGCUGCCUGUCGGCCCGAUGCAACCCCGUAUCGAUAGGAGGCGGAUGGCUCGGAGUGACAAGGUCAAGGCGGCAACGACGAAUGCAGCGGCCAAGUCUACGCCGACGCCCGCAACCAAGAUCCACGCCACGGCCUCCUCGUUACCGCCCAAGCCGGCCAGUCUGCCGCCACGGCCCGCCCGGAAUCAGUCCCGCAAGCCCGGUGCCAAUGCAGCCACAACCCCCAUCACGUCGAGCACAACGCCCGCCUUAACCUCGGCUGCAGCCGCCACCUCCACGUCCGCCCACACGCCCCCUGCCAACGCGGCCUACUGCACCUCGUGGAACCUCGGCCAGAAGAACCACCUCUGCAAGGCGCUCAACUGCGCCCUGCUGCACGAGUGCUUUGUCUGCCACCCCAUUGGCGCCGGUCACGGCAAGAAGCACCGGUACAACCCGCAGCGUUGUGGGGACAAUAAAGCGUAG